AUGGAAAUCGUGGGACGGCAUUUAUACCGGCGUGAGGGGGGACAGGGUGCCCGCCGGUGCUGCCGGGAUCCCCAGGCGACAUUUUGAGCGCGUGUGCGUGCGGGGCACGCGCGGCGCACGCAGCGCGCAGCCGGCGCAGGCGAUGCGGGCCGGGUUGGGGGCGGGCCACCCCCGCCCCUCCUUCCCUCGGCUCCCCGGUUGCCGUGGCGGGCGCGCAGUGCGGCGCGGAGCAUGGCGCCGGCGGCGGGCGGGCUGCUGCUGCUGCUGCUGCUGGGCGGCAUCCCGGUGCGCGGCGGGGCGGGGGCCGAGCCGUGCCGGGCGCCGGGGCAGUGGGAAGGGCGCAGCGUGCGCUACGAGCACGGCACGGGCCGAAACACGCGGGCCGCCGUCUCUUACGACGGCCUCAACCAGCGCCUCCGCAUCUUGGAGGAGAGGAAGGCGCUCAUCCCCUGCAAGAAAUUCUUUGAGUAUAUACUGCUGUAUAAAGAUGCAGUGAUGUUUCAGAUUGAGCAAGUCACAAAGCUCUGCUCGAAGAUUGCUCUGACUGAGCCGUGGGAUCCAUACGAUAUCCCUGCCAAUUCAACAUUUGAAGAUCAGUACUACAUCGGGGGACCUGGAGAUCAAAUUAUGGUACAGGAAUGGUCUGACAGAAAACCAGCCAGGAAAUUGGAAUCUUGGGUUGGCGUUUACACAGUCAAGGACUGUUACCCAGUACAGGAAACCUAUACGAAGAACUACAGUGUGACAACCUCCACUCGCUUUUUUGAUCUAAAGCUGGGUAUUGCCGACCCCUCGGUGUUCACCCCACCCAGCACCUGCCAGACAGCCCAGCCAAGGAAGAUGAAAGAUGAAUGCUGAUUAUGGACACUGGCUGCCCCGGGCAAACAAAUAUUAGCCUGGAGAAUAGUUAUUAAUAGUCGACUGCUGACGUCUAACCUGAUUUUUCAAGCUUAUUGUUGCUCUUUUGGGAAUUGUAAGUUUUCUCUUGAAAGAGAACAUAAACAUUUAACUGAGUAAAGUAUGUAACACAAAAGAUCUCUUUCAUCACAUUAAUCUGUUCAGUGAUGCAGUUGAAGUACUAUAUAGUUACCCCUAAGAUAAUAUUUAUAAACACUAUUUAUUUAAACUGUGGCUGAUUUUCCUUUUUGCAAAGGUUUCAUUAUUUAUUUUUUCAAGAAAACAAAGCAUAAACAGACUGCAACAAUGGUAAUAUAAUGUAGGAAAAGCUAGAUUUUGUUGUUGUUACUUCUGGAGACUUGAGUGGAAAUGUCCUGCGCAAGAUCUCAUCCCCGACCAAAAAAUAUUCCGUGUCAGACAGUGUGCAUCGAAAGUAUGGAAAUUCAUUCAUUUGGUUUUGUUUUGCUUUGCUUUUGUUUUUUUUUCUUACUGCCCUUCAGAAGGCAGGAGUCUAAUGUUUAAGCUGAUUUUUUUUUCCUUUCUGCAAAGAAACAGAAGUAGUUCUAUUCAUGUAGUGCUAGCCAACAUGCAAAAUCUUUUAUGUUUCUUGGGAGAAGGGCAUGAAAGUAAGGAGAGAGAGGGACACCUCAAAAAAGUAAGCCAAAGUUUUCUUGCAUUUGCUACACUUUGCAUGAAAUAUUCUAAUAGGGUGCAAUGAGACAUUUUUUCUUGCCAUAUUUUACUUUAGCACUCUCAUUUCAAGGCAAUACUAAUUUUAACCUAUGCAAAGAGAUUGAGAGGUACUGCACUCUAAAAGGCUGUAAUGUUUUGUAACUAUCUUCAAAAGUCUUUCUUUGCUCAGAGAGUAUGGAAACACCAACAUACUUCCAGGUAGAUGUGGGAUAGAAACCUACUCUUGAUAUAUAAUUAGUAAAGGCUAAAUCACUAUUCAGAUAGUGCCUGGCAAUCUAGAUAUUGUGAAAGACCAAGUUGUGUGACAGAUAUGGGAAGAUGGGAGGAGGAAUCAAGGGAGAAAGAGGUUUGAGAUGCCUUGUAUACGGGCUGGUUGGAAGGCACUGAGAUCUAAGCAAAAUGACAAUCUUGCUUUCUUUUGCACCUACUGCCUGCCUGCCAUAUUUGUUGUUUAGUUAGCAUUUCAAACCUUGUCAUCUUGACAUCUUUUUCUCAUGGGCAGAAUAAAAAGUUUCAGUAAGGGAAAUAAAUAACCAAAAAAGGGCAAGUAAUGCACAUAUUUUGCUUCUAAAAAAAUAUUCAAACUAAAUCUGCAUGUACCGUCAGGCCCUCAAAGCUGUGGAAUGGUGAUAGGGUUUUGAGCUUUUACCAAAUGAAAUUAGUUAGCUUAUACUUCUACAUUUUAUUUAUUAUUUGCAAACAUAUUUAAAGCUCUGUCACUGUCCUCUUACAGAUAUCAGGUAGCAGUUUAUUCGUCUGGCUGAAAACAGUGAUACUGGGAGGUUUGGUGUGGUUUUGGCAAAGCUAUCAAGUUCUGUCGCUUCCUUAGUGGCUGUUGGACUCCUCCCCAGCCACAGAUAGUUUGCUUUUCCAGGGUACCUUUUAGUGAACAAAAAUGAUCAAAUUUGACAGUGAUAGGAAGUCUUACAUAAAUAGGAUAUAUAAUUUACUGGCCAGUAGUAUCAUAGCAUGACCAAAACCAAAGGCUUCCACUAUCUGGAAGAGAGAUGCUGGCCAGGCUUGUAUUGCUUUGUAUACUCAUAGCUUUUAGUACAUAAGCAAGUGGUUCAGUGGUUAUUUUCCUUUCACAGCUGUGGUCAGAAUGGAAUUUUAUUUAGCCCUAUGCCUAACAAAAGCAUAUACUCUAAAAUUUAGGUUAUUAAUUAACAUUUUUCUCUCAGAUAUGACCAUUUAACUGAAAGAAAAAAAAAAGGUGUGGGGUUCCUUGAAUUUAGGAUUAAAUUUAGUCUGUACUUAUCUUUUGUAUGUGACAACCUAAAUGCUAACUGCAUAUUGUUUUCAUUAGGGCAGUGAUUAAUAUGUAUUUCUUAAUGUGUGUUUCUUGCUGGAGUCUGGAAAAUACAAUAAAUCUGGCUUGCAAACAUGAA